AUGGGUUAUUGGGUUGACUUAAGAGAUUGGCUUUGUAAAGAUCCUGCUAAGCUCGUAAGACAUCUAGUAUUGUUUAUCUGUUGUAUAAUUGUUGUAGUGCAGUUAACUGAAUGCUUCGAAAAAUUAAAGCACCCACCGAUUUCUACGCACUCGUAUUAUAUUUUAAAUGAAACUAUACAGAUGCCAGCUAUUACGAUAUGUCGUGAACCUGCUUACAAGGAGGAAGUGUUGACUAAUAUUGCCGGACGCUAUUGUUCACAUCCCAAAUAUGAUACUUGUUGGUUUCACUACCCUUUCGGUGUAGUGGACUUGGAAGAAUUCUUUAUGAAUUCCACAUUUAAUCAAAAUGAAACUUUUCUUCCCUUCCAAUACGGGCUAAAUGGAUUAAGUGAGAAUGUGGAAAUCACCAGUAGCCUACAUUUCUAUAAUGGCCGUUGCUUUACUAUGCGCCCUCGAAUACUUCUUCAGCGAGCUACCAAAAAUUCCGGUUAUUCGAUGAUAUUGACCCAUCAUAUUCAAAGUGAUCAUCAAUAUUUCUAUUACGAAACCGAACCUGGUUGGCAUUUAUUUAUUCAUGAUAGCACAGAAAAUUUUACAGAAAUCAGUAUGAAAGCAUCUGGCCGUGUUGAGUACGUUUUUAUUAGAAGAAAUGAAGAAAUCGAAAUUAAAUUACAAACAAAGUGCUUCGUUAAAGUGGAAGGUAACGAAAACCUGUGUUCUACGUUAAACGAUUACAGCGAUCUCAAGAGUGGCGAAAUAUGCAUAUGGGAAGAUUUGGCCAGCAAAGCGAAUUGCACAGGUCCUUGGAUGUAUGAUAUACCCCAUCAGCCCCCAUGUUCGUCGUGCAGUUCAAUGACACAUCUUAUAAGAGAGUAUAAAGGAGCUUAUGACAGCGAGGAAAAGAACGCUUGCAAUUGCAUACCACCAUGUGAGUCGCAUUUAUUCUCGGCUUACAUACAAAGUCGCCGAAAUUUCCACCAACCAGAACCGAACACCCAAAUUUGGAUCUAUUAUACAACAAAGCUAAUAUCGAUGGUGGAGGAACGUCCUAAUUACGAUACCAUACAAUUUAUUGCGGAUGUAGGUGGUUCGUUAGGCUUCCUAUUGGGUCUAUCAGUUUUGGGUUUAAUUGGUAUACUACAGCAUGUAAACAUACGUUAUAUCGAUAUAGUCAAUAUAUGAUAUGUCUUAACGUUCCUUAACACCCUUCCAGUUAACUUUGGUAAUGUGUGGCGGCGUUAAUGGUAGCGGCCUCGU